GAAGUAGCUGCCCCCUCUACCGACGCGCGUACGUCGUUUUUCUGAUCUCGUCUGCGUCAUCCGUCCACCCCCCGUGCGUUUCUCUCUUUCUCUCCCGCUUUGCCUGCUUCACCGUCGUCGACAAUGGCAGCCCCCACUCGCGCUACGUUCGCAGCCGGCUGCUACUGGGGCACCGAGCACUUCUUCCUUCGCCACUUCAAGAGCGCCAUUGUGACGCACAAGGUGGGCUUUAUGGGUGGGCGGGAGGAGGAGACGAUGUCGUACGAUGAGGUGAAGAAAGGCACCACGGGCCACGCAGAGGUGUUCGACUUCACCUACGACCCCAGUAAGACUUCCUACGCGGAUUUGCUGGCGUUCUUCUUUCGCAUGCACAACUCCACGACGCCGAACCGGCAGGAGGGCGACAUCGGCACAAACUACCGCAGCGCUAUCUUCUACCACACCGACGAGCAGAAGCAAGAGGCGGAGGACUAUAUUGCGAAGCUGAACGGUGCGGAUGAGAAACUGCACUCUGCUUUUGCGAGGGCCUUCGGUGGUGCCGCAUGCAUCACCUCGGUGGAGAAGGCCGGCAGGUUCUACCCUGCACACGAGGCUCACCAAGAUUAUCUUGAGAAGAAUCCGAACGGGUACUGCGCACAUCGCAUCUACUUCUAG